CUCACCGGACGGCAGGAUGGAGGUCAGGGUGUGGACUGUGUGUCUUCUGGUCAUCAUCACACCUGGCUGGACAGCCGCUCAGAGCACCACCAACUACACCAGGCCCAUCUUUAACUGCGGAGGUCAUCUGGUCACUGACUCGGGCAUCAUAGCCAGUGAAGGCUUCCCGACUAACUACAAGCCCAACAGCAAGUGCGUCUGGUUCAUCACUGUGCCAGAGGGACAUGUGGUCAUGCUGUCUUUUCGCCUAUUCGACCUGGAGGCUGACCCCACCUGUCGCUAUGACUACCUUGACGUCUACAACGGCCACACCCGCCUGGUGCAGAAACUGGGGCGCUUCUGCGGGACGUUCCGGCCCGGCGCUCUCAUCUCCACCUCGAACACCAUGAUGCUGGAGAUGGUGUCGGACGAGGCGACGGGAGGGCGAGGAUUUCUGGCUUACUUCAGCGCUGGGAAGCCUCAUGUGGAAGAGAAUCAGUUCUGCGGCGGCCGCCUGACAAAAGCCCAGGGUUCUGUCAAGACGCCUAAUUGGCCCAACUCCGAUUACCCAGCAGGCAUCAGCUGCUCAUGGCACAUCUCUGUCGAGCCCAGCAAUGUUAUCGAGGUAAAGUUUGAGAAGUUGGACUUGGAGCCCGACAUGUACUGUCGCUAUGACUAUGUGGCGCUGUUUAACGGUGGGGAGAGUGACAACUCCAGAAGAAUCGGGAAGUUCUGUGGUGACAGGCCACCGGGCGUCAUCGUGACCAAUGGCAACCAACUUCUCGUCCAGUUCGUCUCUGACCUCAGUAUCACUUCAGAUGGCUUCAUGGCCCACUACUCCAGUGUGCCCCGUGGGUCACGGAGACCCACUGCUGGGGGGGACUUUAUACACAGACCAGGGACAACGUCUUCAACACGAGCGCCUGCUCUACCACCAUUAAGGCCCACUAAACAAACACCCAAAUUUAAACCAAAACCAACAUUAAAACCGAUCAAAAAACCACCGCCUAAAAUCCCCAUCAAACCCCCGCCACGGAAGCCCACCGCAAAGCCUGGAAUCAAGCCCACGCUGAAACCGAAACCAGUCAAACCCUCAACCAAAGCACCGGUGAAAAAGCCAACAAAAAAGCCUGUGCCCAAACCUGGAGCUAAACCCACCCAAAAACCAAAAGUGACAAAGCCGCCGGUCAAACCAAAGAUUAUCAAGCCGAGCCUGAAACCAAGCAUCAAAGCUAAACCCACCCGUAAACCUCCACUGAAGAAAAAACCUACACCCAAACCUGCUGCCAAGCCAGCAAAGCCAACACCAAAAGGCUCAGCGAAACCAAAGGCUAAACCUACGCUGAAGCCAAAAGUCAUCAUCAAACCUGGGGUCAGCAAGACUGUGACAAAAAAGCCUGUUUUCAGCAAAAAACCCGUGCCACUGAACCCACUGUGCACACAAGCCUGUAAGAGAGCAGGAACUCUUCAGUCCAGCUUCUGCCCGCACGACUUCGUGAUCACAGGCAAGGUCACGGCGGUGGCCUCCGCUCCAGGCGGCUCAGCUACAGUGGAGGUGUCCAUCAUCAAGGUCUACAAGGCAGGGCGACUGAAUGUCACCAAAUCAGGACCGGCUUUGUCAGUCGUCCUCAACUCCACCUGCAAGAGAUGUCCUGGCCUGACCAAAGGCCUGAACUACGUCCUUAUGGGAAAAGUGGACACACAAGGGAGAGGUCAGCUGACACCGUCCAGCUUCACACUCCUCUACAAGCCCGUCCAUGGCAAAGCACUGGCCAACCUGGCAAGAAAAGGCUGCUGACAGCACCGACCAGUCCAACUUAUCCUCAGCAUACAGGAAUUCAACGCUAAACUCUCAAAUAUGAUUCUGAAUCACGUGUGUAUGUAAUUUAUGAUAUUUCUGUAAUAA